UACCUCCGAGAUUGUAAAGAGAAGUAGAGACAUCUUUGAUACAAGCUUCGCAGCUCAGCGGAACCGCAAACGUCGUCUGCCAGAGAUCAGCAACCGUGCUCUAAGCGCAAUUGUCGCAAGGCGAGUGUACCUGGAAGGAGGGUAUCAUGUUUGCGAAUAAUAAAACGGAGCGCUAAGGCCAAAGGGCAAAAUGUAAAGGUCGACAGAGGAUAGCAUCUUCGAGAAAGUGUCGACUCGCUUGGCUGUCUGGUGAUGCGGAGGCCGGAGCGGAGACGGAUUGGAUUUAUCAUCAAAGCUCGCCUUCCGAGCUCGGCAAACGAUACUCGGCGCACGGAUCAAACACGUCAACUCUUUGUCGCCCAACGACCACCCCGCGUAGCCUCAAGCGCAAACGCAACAUAUACAACAAGCGCAUCAAGCACCCUUCAACCGAUCAGUCUCCUAUCCACGGACCACCAAAAGCCACUUCUCUCUUCUCCAUCCUCCACAAGUCUCAACCAAAUCAUCUUUCUUCUCGCUCAUAUCUCUCCACUCUCACAUAUAUCAAUGCAGCUUUUCUUGCUAGACGAAACCCGCGAAACUCCGCACGCUGCAUGGGCCCUUAAAAAAAGCAUCAAACCGCAGUGUAUCAAAUUUGGACCACAGAUGGUAUGGUGCAGCAACGGCCAUGCGGUUCGACUGCUCGAACCGCUCUCUCAAAACGCAGACAAAUCGCGCGAAACACAAUAGGGGAUAUGGCGCAUCCGAGUCCUACCAGACCGGCUCUUGCAAACAAUAAACAGAUCCAAAGAAAAGAAAAGAAAAGAAAAAAGUGUCCAUACCGUGCUUCACAUGAUGACAGCCGAACUGUGCAGGCAGAUAUGUCGCCGAAAAACGCCGAUGAUGCUAGUUGCCUUGGUUGCUGGUGAUGAUGUGAGAUGACAAAAAAAC